AGCGGGGUCUCUGGACUGAAUGAGCCAUUGAGAAGACGGAGAAAUUGAAUAUAGCCUACUAGAGUGGAACAAGACCAUACCAAGAUCCUCAUCUGUCCUACUGCGCCUCUUGUUAAGGUCUUGUCGUUGGGUGAAUGACGGUUACCGCGGGACGUCCUCCGCAGCCAACGCUGCAGUCCGGUCCCACGUAUAUGAAGAAAUAAUAGCCGUCCCGCUGCUACAAGCUUGAGAACUUUGUCAUCUCUUUCUUCCUUCUCUCCCCUUAGACCAUUCAGCAUAGAACACACUUGAAGAGAUUAGACAUACCGCAGCUCAUCAUGUCGCAAUCAUACUUGCCAAAGGAUUUCCUUUGGGGGUUUGCAACAGCGAGUUACCAAAUCGAAGGCGCACCGCAUGAAGACGGUCGUGCCGAUUCCAUCUGGGACUCAUUUUGCCGCAUCCCGGGCAAGAUUGCUGGAGGAGACUCGGGCGAUGUGGCCUGUGAUUCCUACCACCGUGCUGACGAGGACAUUGCACUGUUGAAGGAACUUGGCGCAAAGUCUUACCGCUUUUCUCUCUCAUGGUCCCGCAUCAUUCCGCUUGGUGGACGCAAUGACCCGGUAAACGAAAAGGGUCUGCAAUACUACAUCAAUCUGGUCGAUGGGCUCCGUGCUGCCGGCAUUGAGCCCAUGAUAACCCUGUUUCAUUGGGAUUUGCCCGAUGAGCUACACAAGCGAUAUGGGGGCAUGCUAAACAAGGACGAAUUCGUAAAGGACUAUGAGAACUAUGCCAGGGUAUGUUUCAAGGCAUUUGGGUCAAAAGUAAAAUAUUGGAUCACCUUCAACGAGCCAUGGUGCAGCUCGGUACUUGGCUAUGGCACUGGGCUGUUCGCUCCCGGUCGAUGCAGCGAUCGAACCAAGAGCGCUGAAGGAGACAGCGCGAGGGAGCCAUGGAUCGUCGGACACUCCCUCCUCAUUGCUCAUGGUGCGGCAGUCAAGGCCUACCGUGACGACUUUAAGGCACAGGAUGGAGGCCAGAUUGGGAUUACUCUGAAUGGGGAUUGGACGGAGCCGUGGGAUCCCGAAGAUCCAAAGGACCGCGAAGCGUGUGACCGGAAGAUUGAAUUUGCCAUUUGCUGGUUUGGAGACCCAGUCUACUUUGGCAAGUACCCAGACUCGAUGCGUAAGCAAUUGGGCGAUCGGUUGCCAGAAUUCACGCCGGAGGAAGCGGCCCUGGUCAAAGGCAGCAACGAUUUCUAUGGCAUGAAUCAUUACUGUGCCCAUUAUAUUAGGCACCGGGACACUGAGCCGGAGCUGGAUGACCACGUCGGAAACCUUGAUAUUCUGCAUCAGAAUAAGAAAGGCGAAUGGAUUGGCCCAGAGACGCAAUCCGUAUGGCUACGGCCGAUGCCGUUGGGCUUCAGGAAACUGAUCAAGUGGCUUAGUGACCGGUACGGAGGCCCAACAUUCUAUGUGACAGAAAACGGCACCAGUCUCAAGGGCGAGAAUGAUCUGCCUCUGGAGCAGCUGCUCGACGAUGAGUUUCGGUGUGAAUACUUUAGGGGUUACAUUGGCGCGUUGGCCGAUGCCCAUACCUUGGAUGGGGUAGACGUCAGGGGUUACUCUGCAUGGAGUCUGAUGGACAAUUUCGAGUGGGCCGAGGGCUAUACGACGCGUUUCGGCGUGACCUAUGUCGACUACAAGGGCGGACAGAAGCGAUACCCUAAGAAGAGUGCGCGCGAGAUCUCGAAAAUCUUUGACAAGUACAUCAAAAAGGAGUAGUAAGCGGCGGCGGCAGUGGCGUGCUUCAGUGUGGUCGGCUAGAAACGCCAUCGAAUCAUAUACUAGAAGCUGAAAUGCAUUAGGCGCUUCUAGCACGUUUCUAGCGUUAGAGGUGUUGUUUUUUUUGUUUUUUUCUCUUUCUGCCAUGGCAGAUAUGGACUGGCUUCCCAGUGGCUUUUUGCCUUAUCCACAUUCAUACCACGUGCGGCAAGCUGAAAGGCGGGCUGAAUUUUUUUACUCCGUGAAGCUCUAUGGAGCCCCGUGUGGAUACAAUAUGUUCCUCUCGACGUCAUUUAGGCCCGGAGUAUGGCGCCAUGUUAGGGUAGUGUUAGUAGUAGUUCUCCCGUUAAUUCUGGCGCGGCAUAGUCGCAAUGUUGAAUCCGACGUUGAGCAAACACCUGGUUGACCGCAGCCCAAGCGAUACUGCGCCAGGAUUGGAAAGGACAGAUGCAGGU